AUGUGGAUUGAAGACUUGAGCAUUCUUACCAUUUCAUCAAAAGCAUUCAGAGAUUUGAUAGAAGGUUAUUUCAGUUUCUAUCCAGUGUUGAAGAAAGACUUGGUGAACAGAUUACAUGUGCAGAGCAUGUACCUACCAACACCUGUAUCAAAACAAUGUGAUGUUCUUAACACUUUUUCCAGAUUAGGAUUGUUGUUGAAAAGAUCGACCUGUUUGUAUGCAACAAAAGAAAGGCUAAAAUUCAUUAAUGAGGUUCUCACAAAGUUAUUGUGCACAAAUUCUAUGGAAUGUUGUGAGGAUCUGAACAAAUGUAUGGCAAUGACAUGUUUCGGCAAGUUUUUACACACUGUAAUAGCAGGCUGGGAUGACUGUGAAUGUAUCAGAGCUUAUGAUGCCAUCUGCAAUCACUCUUGCCUUCUGAAAAAUGUCAAACUUGUCAUGACUUCAAAAUCAGGUGGUCACCAAAGACUAGAAUUUGAGAUAAGAUGUUUUUUCAGACGAGUGUUUCUUGACCAUUGUUCAUCACUGCAGGAUAGAGCUUUCUGGUUAACUAGAAUUCUCAAACCAUGGCCACUUGUGUAUCAGGCAAGACUUCUUUUCUUGCUGUAUGGACCAGUAUUAUCAGAUGAGAUAUUAUGGUAUGAACUCAGUGAGAACACCCCAGCAACUGCAGCACAAUCUACACAACAUAUAGGCGAAUUAGCAAAUGCCCUUCAAAUUCUGCAUCACUAUAAAGAAGAGUGGUCAGAAGAUGACAUUGUCAGUAUUAUUGAUGAAAUCACAAGUUCACCAGAUGAAUGGCUGGCAGAAAAUGUGGCUCAUCUUCUUAUUCUGUGUGGGGAUGUUAUAACUUCAAAAAUGCUCAUAAGUAAAGCUAUUAAUGGGAGGACAUUGGAGCUGUCGAGUCUGACUACAUCAUUCUGUGUUGUAUGUGUAAAGAAUAGCCUGAGCUUGAAUUACGUGAUUACCAUGAUCCGACAUGUGCUGUCUGUGAUUGACAAUGUUAAGGAACGACAGAACUUUUUCUCAAGUAUAAUGGAUAUGUUCAAAGAGUUGAUCAUUGAUCUACAUGAAUUCGAUGAAGAUCAAAGCAAUGAUAUGUAUUAUAUGGUGACUUCACUGGUGGAGUUCACAAAGAAAAUCAUCAACAUGGCAUUCAAAGACUCCCUUGCUACCUGAUGAUGGUUUGGAAGGAAUAAUAAAAUGAUGGUCAUGAAUUUGCUCACAAGUUAGUACUCACAAGUUAGGAUGUGAGAAGGGACAGCUUCAAAACAAAGACAAUGUUAUUAUCUGUACUCAAACAAAUCUUGGGAGUACAAAUCUUGGCAUUGCUGAUGAUCUGUGUGUUCUAUGAAUCAGAAACUGUAAAAAGGUGAAUGGGGAAAGGAUUUGAACAGUCUGCACAAAAGACAUAGUUUAUAAUUUAUUUGAUAAUUAAGUUUGAAGGCCAAUACCAACAGUUACUGCUAAAUGAGAAAAUGACUUCCUGCAAAGGCACUAUUGUCCUGUAUUUGCAUUGUAACUAGAUUCAUAGAUAAUAAACAUGGUGACUGUUGAUAUUUUUAACAACCUUUGAUAAAUGUCAGUUGUGGCAAAAACAUUUAAUGAAAUUUUAUGUUUUUAGCUCACCUGUCACAAAGGUGAGCUUUUGUGAUCGCGCAGUGUCCGUCGUCCGUCCGUGCGUGCGUGCGUCCGUAAACUUUUGCUUGUGACCACUCUAGAGGUCACAUUUUUCAUUGGAUCUUUAUGAAAGUUGGUCAGAAUGUUCAUCUUGAUGAUAUCUAGGUUAAGAUCGAAACUGGGUCACGUGCCUUCAAAAACUAGGUCAGUAGGUCUAAAAAUAGAAAAACCUUGUGACCUCUCUAGAGGCCAUAUAUUUCACAAGAUCUUCAUGAAAAUUGGUCAGAAUGUUCACCUUGAUGAUAUCUAGGUCAAGUUUGAAACUGGGUAACGUGCCAUCAAAAACUAGGUCAAUAGGUCUAAAAAUAGAAAAACCUUGUGACCUCUCUAGAGGCCAUAUUUCACAAGAUCUUCAUGAAAAUUGGUCAGAACGUUCACCUUGAUGAUAUCUAGGUCAAGUUCGAAAAUGGGUCACCUGCCGUCAAAAACUAGGUCAGUAGGUCAAAUAAUAGAAAAACCUUGUGACCUCUCUAAAGGCCGUAUUUUUCAUGGGAUCUGUAUGAAAGUUGGUCUGAAUGUUCAUCUUGAUGAUAUCUAGGUCAACUUCGAAACUGGGUCACGUGCGGUCAAAAACUAGGUCAGUAGGUCUAAAAAUAGAAAAACCUCGUGACCCCUCUAGAGGCCAUAUAUUUCACAAGAUCUUCAUGAAAAUUGGUCAGAACGUUCACCUUGAUGAUAUCUAGGUCAAGUUUGAAACUGGGUCACGUGCCAUCAAAAACUAGGUCAGUAGGUCAAAUAAUAGAAAAAACUUGUGACCUCUCUAAAGGCCAUAUUUUUCAUGGGAUCUGUAUGAAAGUUGGUCUGAAUGUUCAUCUUGGUGAUAUCUAGGUCAAGUUCGAAACUGGGUCACGUGGGGUCAAAAACUAGGUCAGUAGGUCUAAAAAUAGAAAAACCUUGUGACCUCUCUAGAGGCCAUAUAUUUCAUGAGAAUUUUCAUGAAAAUUGGUCAGAAUGUUCACCUUGAUGAUAUCUAGGUCAAGUUCGAAAGUGGGUCACGUGUCUUCAAAAACUAGGUCAGUAGGUCAAAUAAUAGAAAACCCUUGGGACCUCUCUUGAGGCCAUAUUUUUCAUGGGAUCUGUAUGAAAGUUGGUCUGAAUGUUCAUCUUGAUGAUAUCUAGGUCAAGUUCGAAAGUGGAUCACGUGCUUUAAAAAACUAGGUCAGUAGGUCAAAUAAUAGAAAAACCUUGUGACCUCUCUAAAGGCCAUAUUUUUCAUGGGAUCUGUAUAAAAAUUGGUCUGAAUGUUCAUCUUGAUGAUAUCUAGGUCAAGUUCGAAACAGGGUCAUGUGCGGACAAAAACUAGGUCAGCAGGUCUAAAAA